AUAUUAGAUGUUAUCUUGAAGGCUGGGCUUGACGAGCGGGUCUGCAGUCUGGGAGGCUUGUUUGGAGCUGGGAUCUACCUAGCUGAGAACUCGAGCAAGAGCGACGAGUACUGCACGCCAGACAGCCGCGGGAUCUGUCGUAUGUUUGUGGUGCGAGCUGUGCUGGGAUCGUCUUACGAGGCCAUGCAAGCGAUGAACAAUGUACGGCUACCACCAGUAAUGCCGGGCAGCGACCGCCUGCAUGACUCAGUGAUUGGUGUGACAAAGGAUACGCAUCCUUCAGCGUUCUUGGAAAAGUACAGGGAGUUCAUCGUCUACGACCGGCGACAGACAUACCCUGAGUUGCUGGUGGAGUUCAAGAGGGUGUGA